GUGCUCGCGGUGUUGCGCGGAUUUCCGCUUCCGCGUGCUGUAUCGGAGCUACGCUCCCGGAGUUGAGCGGCAUGCUCAACAAUAUCACCGCCGGUGGUUCCGUACACGGUAUCUCCGGAGCGAAGGAUGCACAAGAUCUGAAGCGGUACGAGAAGGAGCACGGCGUGCUGGGUGUGAAUCUGGGCUCCGGUCUGUCCGCGGGUGGUGGCCUCACGCUUCAUCAGGAACUGAUCAUGACUAUGCCCGGCACAGGUAGCGCGGCGGCGAUCGGGCAAGGUGAUGAUAAACCUGCGAAGCAAAAGCGACAUCGGACGCGUUUCACCCCGGCUCAGCUCAACGAGCUCGAAAGGUGUUUCGGCAAAACCCACUACCCGGAUAUUUUCCUGAGGGAGGAAAUAGCACUAAGGAUCGGCCUCACGGAAAGUCGCGUUCAGGUAUGGUUUCAAAACCGACGAGCGAAGUGGAAGAAGCGCAAGAAGACAACGAACGUGUUCCGGUCCUCGGGAUCGCUGCUACCGUCGCACGGCUUGCCUCCCUUCGGACCGAUGACCUCCGACUUGUGCACAGGAAUGUUUCAUACUCCUGCGGACAGAUGGGGAAUGGGGACAGGUCUUGGACAAUUGCAAAGCGGCAUGACGAUGAGUGGCUUUGGGCAACUCGGUCAACAAAGCACGGGAAGUUUAGGUUCUAGCCUUAGUCUCGGCAACUCCGGACUGCCGAUCAACAGCCCAUCGCAAUCCGUCUACCACACCAAUUACGGACUCAAUUCUAUCAGUGGUGUUCACGUAUCGGCGUCCCGAGGUUCGCCACCAGUGGGUUCCUCGGUGGGUGGUCAAGCCGGGAUGGGCUCAGGUUUGAACUGCGGUCAGGGUUCUCCGGGCACGACUUCCGGUACCGGUGGCAGCGGCAGCGGCGGUACCGGAGGUGGCGGCGUUUCCUGCGUGGCCGACGUGAGCACGAACGAAGGAUCGGAUUGGAGAGGCGCCCACAGCAUCGCGGCGCUCAGGCGUCGCGCCUCGGACGCCUCGCAACAGUACAGUCCACAGCCGCCGCCGCCAGGACCACCUCAGUAUACCCACGAUAUGGAGUACAGUCCUGUUUAUCAAGGCGUCGUUUGAACCGUCUCUUCGACGUUCGGUAUCCACGGAGGAAAAAACUGCCGGCCGGUAGAAGCUUACCAUAAUCCAUGGAACGAGUACUCCUCUCUGUUCUGUCAACGGCAAUCGCAAGAUCGACUGCGUUUGUUUCUGUAGAAGAGCAAGAGCGCAGAGCAAGCGCGAUCGAAGAGAUUUAUCUAGUUGGCUAUCGUAAAUUUAAAGGUUAAAAAAAUGUGGCGAGGUCAAGAUCGACGAUAUUAGAACGAUUCAAAUUCGAUGGAGGUCCAAAAUCGUUUAUCCCUUUGAAUUUAAAGCCAAUGAGGCAAUAGCAAUUAAUAAUGACGGAAUUAGAAUGGUUAGAUAAUUAGAUAAUUUCGGAUGUUUUAACGGAGCGGUAAUGAUUCGGCGAUUACAAAAAUUUAACGCGGCGCGCAGUAUUUCUAUCAUGUUUUUACGUGAACUUUAUAAUAUAUAAAAAAAAAAUAUCAGUUGCUUUAUCUCCAAAAAGAAACAAAUAUCAGUUAUAUGGAGAAUCCACGAAAGGAGUACUCUUCUAUAAAUUAGCGCUGAGGGUAAAAUCAGGGUAGAGGAUCGAAAUUGCUGGCAUUAUCGACAGGGACAAUUUGCGCAAUAUAGAUUCUCAUUAUCAUAGCCUUCCCAGGACCAUUGUGACACAUAACGUAGAUUACAGUUUCUGCAAAUGUGUCCUACUGAUGCUAAUACCGGGCCAACCAUCGACUUGACGCCAUAACUGUAAAGAAGAAUUGAUGUAUAUGACGGAGUUGUAGCAAUUAAAAUUGCACGUUCAAGAUUUCCUAAUAGGGAAUUAACGGGUAAAUAUUUCCAACAUGUAGUGUCUAGUCAAAUACGUCUUAAAUAGCAACAGGCGUAAAACGUUAUAUGAUAUUUUGCGGAGAAAAUUGAAUCAUUGGCAUAAACUACCUUUUAGCUGCGCAAAUCAUUGAUAUUAGUGAGAUUUUUUAUUCAAACAAUUCGCGAAAAGCUAAUAAGUUUUAUUUCUAAAUAGAUUUUCAACGUUACACAGCGGUCGAUGUAGAAUUAUUCAA